AUGUCGACGACGGCGGCGGCGGCGGAGGGAGCGCCGUCAUCAGCGGCGACGACUACCCCGCGUGGCACAGAAACUGGCCUGCCGGGAAUAACACCCGCGGUCGAUCUGGCCCUUGCCGUGCACGAUCAAUCCGACGCCAGCGAGAAGCAAAUCGACAAGUCGACGGCCGUGGCGUGGGAGCAAGACCCGAGAAACCCCAUGAACUGGCCCAGCUGGAAAAAGGUGCACUUGAUCGUCAUGCUAUCAUCUUUUGGCUUUGUCUCAUCAGCCGGGACAUCCAUCAUCAGCCCCGCGACCAAGGCCAUCAUGGACGAGUUCCGCGUCACGCGCGUCGUCGCGCUGCUCCCGCUGUCUCUCUACUGCUUCGCGCUCGGCUUCGGGCCCGUCCUCGGCGGGCCCCUCUCCGAGACCCUCGGCCGCCGGCCCGUCUACGUCGGCACCAGCGUCCUCGGCGCCCUCUUCACCCUCGGCGCCGGGCUGACGCACAACUUCGGCGCCCUGUGCUUCCUGCGCUUCAUGGCCGGCUUCUGCUGGGCGCCGGCACUCGCGAGCGGCUCGGGGUCCAUUGUCGAGACGUUUGCGCCCAAGAGCCGCGGGCCCAUGAUUGCCAUUUACGUGCUUAUGCCGUUUCUGGGUCCUGGCUUUGCGCCCAUUCUCGGAUCAUUUGCCGUUAGUCGCCAGAAUUGGCGCUGGACGCAGUGGAUUCUGCUCUUCUUUGCCGUUUUCACACUGCUCUUCACGCUGACGACGUGGGAGACGUUUCCCGCCAUCUUGAAGCGCCGAAUCGCCAAGGAACGCGGCGAGCAUGUACCCCCUUCACCAUCGGUCCUCAAGCACAUCACCGCAUUUCUCCAAACAGGCCUCAUCCGCCCCGUACACAUGCUGCUGACCGAGCCCAUCACCGGCUUUCUCUGCCUCUACGUGGCGGUCAACUUUGGCAUUCUCUUCAGCUUCUUCGCAGGCCUCUCGUACACUUUCGGACGCGUGUACCACUUCAACAUUGAGCAGUCCGGCCUCGUCUUCCUCUCCGUCGCGAUUGGCUGCAUCAUCGGCCUGCUGACGAUCCUGCUCUGCGACGUCAAGCUGUACCGCGCGCAGAUUCCCAACUUCCCGCCCGGAAAGGUCCCGCCCGAACACCGCCUCUACCCCGCCAUGGUCGGCAGUCUCGGUCUGCCCGUCGGCCUGUUCUGGUACGCGUGGACGGCCAAGAGCUCCAUCUCCUGGGCGAGCCCGGCGGUGGCCAUCCUGCCCUUUGCGUGGGGGAACCUCUGCAUCUUCGUUUCGGCCAUGCAGUACGGCGCCGACACGUACCAUGGCAGUGUUGUGGCCAGCCAGGCGAGCGCGAACAGCCUCGCGCGGUACGCGUUUGCGGGCGCCUUCCCACUUUUCAUCGUCCAGAUGUACGACGGGCUGGGCGUGGACUGGGCCGUCACCCUCUUUGCGUUUGUGACGGUGGCGCUUCUUCCUAUUCCGCAAAACAGCAUAGUGGCAUAUUUUCCAUGA